CGCCUGUUGCAGGGCGCUGAAGUGGCUUUCAACUCACCUGCCCCUAAUGAAUUAGACAUUUCAGCGAACUUCAGCAGACCUUGGGGUCAGCAGGUCUGGAGUCGGCAGUGGCUGAUGUCCUUUUGCCCCACGGUGAUGCAAGAAUGUGUACCAUGAAUGAACAGAGAGACGUGGAGUCCGAGCAGCCGUCAUAACCAUAAAUGGAGAAGCAAGGGAGAUAACGAGUGACCUAACAUCCACUGUCGACGUGGGACAGGAGUCGAAAGAAGAGCAGCAAAAGGCAGCUGACAUAUUAGGCAAAAGGAGGGACUUGUCUUCCCAAACAUGAGGAAAGGCCAGAGGGCGAGCAGCUCCUCUGAGUCUGAAGAGAAUCAACGGUCAACGGAUUAUAAAGAGCAAUCGUCACCACGUGGGUGCUCAUCAGAUGAACAUUCAUCAUCAGAUUCAGAUGUGGAAGCAGAGAGUGCGAUGAAGAGGAGCCAGAGGUUCAGCAGCUCUUUCAGCUUCGGGGAAGAUGACCAACUACAGUCAAAGAAUGAGGACAGAGAUGAAGAACUGUCUCCAAAGAACUCUAAUGGAGUAACAGAGCUGGUGGAGGCAGAAUUAGCAGCAGAAUGCCAGCGACUCGAGAACCGCAAUGUUUUUUGCGACACAAAUCAACCUCCAAGGUCAGGUUUAUUCAGGCCUCAGCAGUUAUGGCUGGCAAUGACAAGAUGUCUCGCCCUCCGAUGGCCUCCUUGUCUGUCCAUUAACAGACAGAGUAGCAGGAAAUUAGCCUACCAAGUGGACCUUGACCAAUCGGAAGACACACAGUCUUCUGUCAGCUCUGAAUCAACCAAUGAGAGCUCUUCAAGUACAUCUAGCGGCGAUGAUGGAGAAGUGACACUGGUGAAACACGAGGAAGAGGAAGUCCGAAGCAGAGGGGUUAAAAGUGGUCCACCCACUUGUCGUGGGAUUUCCCGUUCCACACCGAGACUGCCAAGAGCCAGACAAGCAACAGACUCUGUGUUAGCUUCACUGAUCUUGGAGAAAGAAAUGUUCCUGAGGAUUGAGCUGGUAGAUUCAGGCGCUGAGAGGGAUGAUUUACGGUACCGGGCAGAGUGGAAGCUGACAGAGAGAACUAAGGAACUGGCAGAGGGAGUCUGGCUCUCUCGAAGCCAAAAAAUUGAUGGAUUGACCUAUUAAGUUGGAGGCUUGGCUGCCUUUGAUGGGGUAGUUUUUUAUUAUUCACCCAUCAAGUUAGAUUGGUUAUUGCAACCAAAAGUAAAUUGGUUAUUAUAAUCAUCUAAUCUUAGUUUGUGUGACUGCUGAUUAGAAGUGGCCUAGAUUUCAACAAAUAAUCAGUCAGGUUGGCUUUGCAUGACUGCUUUGUAAACCGCUGUGUGCUGAUACAAACGCCGUGACUGUAGCUAACUAAUUAGAAAGGCUAUUUUCAGAAACACAGCACAGCUCGGUUGGUGUUAAUGUUUAUUUUU